UAGAAAAAUGAUAUUUUUUCAAAAAUCAUUCUAGCCAUGUGGAGAAAAAACCUUGUGAAAAUGUGAAUAUUUUGAAAGAGAAACGGGAAUUUAGAAGUCCUAAAGCGGGAUGAAGUGUUGAAAAAGUUUAUGUGAUAAUAUUGACGGUUUUGGGUCUUAUUUUUUCGCAGUUAAAUUGCGCAAAUAAAGUGAUAGGUAAAUAUGUCAUCUCCGCAACUUGGUGCUCAGACAGUUUCUAAAACUAUCCAAGAUUUGCAGAUAGAAGUUCAGUCAUUUGGCCCAGGACCUUAUACCCCAGAGCAACAGAAAAAGAUCAACCAGUUCAUGGUUUUCCAGAAAGCUGCUGGCGCUCAGGAUCAAGCGACGUACCUUCCUGUAAGGCCACCUGGUUCAAGUCCUCCUCUUGUCAUUAUGUCUUCACCGUCAUCUGCUCCAAUGCAAGUACAAACAUCUUCUGGGAAACAACCUGUUGUCAUGACGACAUCAAAUCUCCGAGGGGUAUCGCCAGUUCUACCACAAGGAGCUGUACUCAUGCAACAGACCAUCAAAACAUCUUUACCCAAUCAAGGAAACAACUCUGCAACACAGUCUCCAUCUAAAGUAACAAUCAUUGGUAAUAAAGGUUCAUCAUCUUUAUCACAGCUUUCCCUCUUAGCUCAACAUCCACAAGGUCAUGCACCUACCACACAAAUUCAUAUCAAACCAAACACAAGUGGACAAACAUUUACAGCAGCUUCUAAUGCAGCAAGUGCAACCAUUCAACGCCAGGUUUUGCCUGUUCAAACUUUGCCAGCUGGUCAUUCUCCUGUCCAAAUGGUGGCUUCCAUACCAGGUCACCAAGCACCUGCAGGACAUGUUCUGACUGCUGUAAACAUUCCACAGAAACACGCCAUUGCACAGCGACCAAUUGCACCUCAUGGUAUUGCAAUACAACAAACAGCUCAAGGGACUCCAAUGGUAAUCCAGGUAACAGCAGCACCUACAGCUCAGGGUAAACCUACAUUGGUACAAACCACUGCUCAAGUAAAAAGUGCUAUCUCUGGAGGAACACAUGUACAACAAAGUGGAAGCAAUGAGAGCUUGAAAGCUCCUAUCUCUGCUGCACCAAAAAUGGCCCAAACAAGUCAAGGACUUCACUCAGUUGACUCUUUGAAUUCAGAACCCCAGACAGUUUUGUCCAGAAAAAGACUUCAAGAACUGUUACAAGAAAUUGAUCCUCGGGCAACACUGGAUGAAGAUGUUGAAGAUAUUUUACUACAGAUUGCAGAUGAUUUCAUUGAAAGUGUUGUUAAUUCUUCCUGUCAAAUUGCCAAACAUCGCAAGUCAAAUGUUUUAGAAGUUCGUGAUAUACAAAUGCAUCUUGAGAGAAAUUGGAAUAUGUGGGUUCCUGGUUAUGGAACUGAGGACUUCAAACAACAGAAAAAACUUGGCUCAACUGAAGCACACAAACAGCGACUUGCAUUAAUCAGGAAAUCUAUGAAGAAAUGAGGUCUAAAUAGUCAUGGCAAAGUUGGAUGAAGUUUUAAAAUUCUUUGUGUAUAGCCCAUGUUUGAGAGUUCUUUCAGAGUAAUUAUUAUGAGCUGGAAAUAAGUUGCUGUGUAAAAGAAAUUGUUUAUACAAGACACAAGCACUUUGCACAAAAAUAGCCAGCAAUGAAGGCAAGCAUAUUACCUACCUAGUGAAAGAAACUAAUUUUUUAGUGAAAACUGUUUAUAUUGCUAUUUUUUGUGUUAAUUGUACAUAUUUAGAUAAAUAUGAUGGUAAGCAUCCACAAUUUUGUUAAGUCCGAUAGAAAAUGGCAAGGACAAAGUCAGACUGAACUGAAGCAACUCAUUGUGUGUGCAAAUAUAGGAGUUCAUAGCUAGCAUUAUUGGUUUUGUAAAUAAUAUAUAACACUCAACCUUCUCCAUAGUCAUAGUACACCAUACUAUAAACCCACAAAAACUUGAGUAGACCACUCAGUUAGUAACCACACAUAUGGAUGAUUAAUUGUUUUAUAAUAUUCUAUCUAUAAUGAUUGUACUUUUUGUUAGUACAGAAAAAAAUUUG